GAGAUGCGCAUGUUCAGUCCCUCCAUGCAGACUCUUUCUGCUGCUCCUCAGUCAUUCCGGCGAGUUUCAGCACUCUUUCUUCCCCAGCUCUUUCCACGCUCACCGGAUCUCUCUCCUGAACGGACCCCGCAGGAGAACUAACCCCACAGUCCUACCAUGGAAUAGGAAUACCACCGGACACACCGGGGGAAAACCUCUCUUUCAUCUUUUUUUAUUCUUUCCCCCUCCUCGUUUUCCCCCUCUCUGAUGCAUUUUCUUCCUCUCUCUGUCGCGCCUCUACCUCUCGAUGUCGCUCAACAGUUUCUGAUGGGAUUGACGGACAGGAAAAUGAGGAUUAUUUUUCUUUCUUGCUACUUUCUGGGAGCGUUUUCCGCCCUUUGGGGACUGGCGGCGGGGGCUUUCCCCAGCUCCGUGCAGAUAGGUGGCUUGUUCAUUAGGAAUACUGAUCAGGAGUACACAGCGUUUCGGCUCGCCAUCUUCCUGCACAACACCAGCCCCAACGCCACGGAAGCCCCCUUUAACUUGGUACCACAUGUUGACAACAUUGAGACGGCCAACAGCUUUGCUGUCACCAACGCAUUCUGUUCUCAGUAUUCGAGGGGAGUCUUUGCCAUCUUUGGCCUCUAUGACAAGCGCUCAGUGAACACGCUGACGUCCUUCUGUGGGGCCCUGCACAUCAGCCUGGUGACGCCCAGCUUUCCCACCGAAGGAGAAGGCCAGUUCACCCUGCAGCUCCGGCCGUCCAUCAGAGGAGCUCUGCUGUCACUGUUAGACCACUACGACUGGAACCGAUUUGUCUUCCUCUACGAUACAGACAGAGGUUAUGCAAUACUGCAGGCGAUCAUGGAGCGAGCGGGGCAAAACGGCUGGCAGGUGAGCGCCAUCUGUGUGGAGAGCUUCAACGAAGCCGCGUACCGCCGACUCCUGGAAGACCUCGAUCGACGUCAAGAAAGGAAGUAUGUCAUCGAUCUGGAACCAGAGAGACUCCAGAGCAUCCUGGAGCAGGCUGUAAGUGUGGGGAAACAUGUGAAAGGAUACCAUUACAUCAUCGCUAACCUGGGUUUCAAGGACAUUUCUCUGGAGAGAUUCAUGCAUGGUGGCGCCAACGUGACGGGGUUCCAGUUGGUGGACUUCAGCAGGCCUAUAGUCAUUAAACUGAUGCAGCGCUGGAACAAGCUCGACCAGAGAGAAUACCCGGGAUCCGAGAGUCCUCCUAAGUACACCUCAUCGCUGACGUACGACGGUGUCCUUGUGAUGGCUGAAGCCUUCCGCACACUUCGCCGGCAGAAAAUCGACAUAAGCCGCCGCGGCAACGCCGGGGACUGCCUCGCCAAUCCGGCGGCUCCCUGGAACCAAGGAAUAGAUAUGGAACGUGCCCUCAAACAGGUGCGCCUCCAGGGCCUGACAGGCAAUAUUCAGUUUGAUCAUUACGGCAGGAGGAUCAAUUACACUAUGGACGUGUUUGAACUCAAGAGCAACGGCCCACGCAAGAUUGGUUACUGGAACGACAUCGACAAACUGGUGUUGGUGCAGAAUGAAAAUGCUCUAUCCAAUGAUAGCUCAGCGAUGGAGAACCGGACCGUUGUCGUGACAACCAUCAUGGAAGGUCCUUACGUGAUGCUCAAGAAGAACUGGGAGUUGUAUGAAGGCAACGAUCAGUAUGAGGGAUACUGCGUGGACCUGGCAUCCGAGAUCGCCAAGCACAUCGGGAUCAAAUACAAGAUCUCCAUCGUACCAGACGGCAAGUAUGGAGCCAGGGAUCCGGAAACCAAAAUAUGGAACGGGAUGGUUGGAGAACUUGUCUACGGGAAAGCAGAGAUUGCUGUGGCCCCUCUGACCAUCACUCUGGUGAGAGAAGAAGUGAUUGACUUCUCGAAGCCCUUCAUGUCCCUGGGGAUCUCCAUUAUGAUCAAGAAGCCCCAAAAGUCCAAGCCAGGCGUCUUCUCUUUCCUGGACCCUUUGGCCUACGAGAUCUGGAUGUGCAUCGUGUUCGCCUAUAUUGGGGUCAGCGUCGUGCUCUUUCUGGUGAGCCGCUUCAGUCCGUACGAGUGGCAUGCGGAGGAGCCCGAGGAGGGCACCAAUGACCAGGGCCCCACUGACCAACCUCCGAAUGAGUUUGGCAUCUUCAACUCUCUCUGGUUUUCACUUGGAGCAUUCAUGCAACAAGGAUGUGACAUCUCACCACGUUCCUUGUCUGGACGUAUUGUCGGAGGCGUUUGGUGGUUCUUCACCCUCAUCAUCAUUUCCUCAUACACCGCCAACUUGGCUGCCUUCCUCACCGUAGAGAGGAUGGUUUCACCCAUUGAAAGCGCUGAAGACUUGGCCAAGCAGACGGAGAUCGCCUACGGCACCCUGGACUCAGGAUCGACCAAAGAAUUCUUCAGAAGGUCCAAAAUAGCUGUAUAUGAGAAGAUGUGGUCUUAUAUGAAGUCUGCCGAACCCACCGUCUUCACGAAAACCACGGCAGAGGGUGUGGCCAGGGUCCGCAAGUCUAAGGGGAAGUACGCCUUCCUGCUGGAGUCCACCAUGAACGAGUACACGGAGCAGCGCAAGCCGUGCGACACCAUGAAAGUCGGCGGGAACCUGGACUCCAAAGGAUAUGGAAUUGCCACACCGAAAGGCUCACAGUUAAGAACCCCGGUAAACCUUGCGGUUUUGAAACUGAGCGAAGCGGGCGUCUUAGACAAACUGAAAAACAAAUGGUGGUAUGACAAGGGCGAGUGUGGACCGAAGGACUCUGGAAGUAAGGACAAGUCAUCCCAGGCCCUGAGCCUGUCCAACGUGGCCGGGGUCUUCUACAUCCUGGUGGGCGGCCUGGGCCUCGCUAUGCUGGUGGCCCUGGUCGAAUUCUGCUACAAGUCCAGGGCCGAGGCCAAGCGCAUGAAGCUGUCUUUCUCCGAAGCCAUGCGCAACAAGGCCCGUCUCUCCAUCACAGGAAGUGUCGGGGAAAAUGGCCGCGUCCUGACGCCAGACUGCCCCAAAGCCGUGCAUGCUGGACACGCCCACUUCCGACACCCCGGCCUUGCAGUGGUCUCCUCCGGACUGCCCUGAAAACCAAAAACACCUGCCGUGCCUUAAUAAAACACCGACAUGCAGAUUUGGACUCAACAUGUGCUUCAAAUGCAACAUAUUUAAAAUCCACAUACAGCAAACCUGAACAAACACUUCACCAUCUUCUGCUGCCAGUGACUUAUUUUACAAAAGAAACACAAGAGAAGGACAGCGAUCACAUUUGCCUGCGACAUUUUCUUUUUUAUUAAAAUGAUUUGGACGACUCCUCCUGAUGUGGACAAAGGGGCGGGAAAGACAGCACAGAAAAAUGAAACCUGACCCGUGAAAGCUGAGGACGAUGGAGGCAAACUUCCGUGAAAUGAGAGACAAACGUUAUCGUCCCUCUAGCGCUGUCUUCACGGGACAACAUGGGCCGCUGAGCCUCACCUCUCGACAACGCCUUACUCAGACCAUCAUGUCCACUUGCCUGCACAGACUGAGUUCCAGGUAAAGUCACUCUUCAAAAGACCAGAAAACUGUUUGGACUUCGUGAACCUGCUACUUUGCCAUGGACUGUUCAGACAGAAUGAAAAGGCUUUCUUCAAAUUUUUAAGUAGUCGGACACUAUAGAACAAAAGUAACCUCCAAAACAUGUGGCCGAAUGAGCCACGGAAUACACAGGGGUUUCUAAACCAAGACAAAUAUAUGAACUAGUAAUUCACUAAAGUCAUCACAGAAGAAUAAAAAAACAAAGCAUUUUGUUUUAUUUUUGCAACGUCGGGGUUUGAUAAUCGAUAGAAAAUCACACCUGGUUGGAUCUCAAAUGGACCCUAGCUGAGACUGCAUCUAGAAUAAAGACGCAAUAAUGGAGAGUAAUAACUGCACCACUUCAGGUGCAACUGUAGUGGAAUGAGUGCAUCUAAAUUGUACAAUCGCUACAAACCGCAGAAGGCAGGAUUAUUCUGGGCUGAUUCAUGAGGAUGUUGGUUAGUUCUUACUUAUAAAAUGCCAAAAUAGGUGGAAUAGAGUAUUAGAAAUGGGUCUGUCUCGGACUGAACUAAUGAAACACCGUAGCUUGAAAUAGUUAUUAAACAAAAAGUCAAUCAUAUCAGUGUCAUUUAAGAUUCAAAAUCUAUGUCUAUUUCUUAGAAGAACUGGAGCAACCUAUUGGCCCUCAGAAAAAAAGUAUAGUUUUCUUCCACCACUCGUGCUGCAAGUCCCAUUUGGCACUGCAACAGCUGACAAAAUCCUGUGGCAUGAAACGUGUUCAUGUUGUUUCAGUGGAUAAUGGAAAAAGAUCAUGGGAAGGUCGGUGACUUCUACAAAACAAAUCCAGUGAAAUCAUAAAAUGCAUUUGUACGGUGCUUUCUGUGGUGAUGAUUUUCCAGUCGCUCAACAAAGAAUGUUAUGGAAGUAAUAUGUGCAGGGAGAUUAAUCCGACCAGGCGCCGUCGUGAACAUGAACUGAUAUGCACAUGGAUGUGAGAGGAACUGGAGAGGAGCUGCAUGCAGGAUUUCAAUUAAACAAUAUACCUGUCACGGCCUGAAAUGAAUGUUCAAGCAAAUGUUGAACACAGUUCCCCACUGUCUUCUCCACAUGCAUUUGACAGGACUCUCCAUUAAUAGUACAAUAGUAGGAGUAGAUUUAAUGACAAGUCGACCGUCUUUAGAGACUUUUUUUCUGAUUUAAAAAGAAACUUUUGUCAGGAAAUCACAAUUUAAACUACUCCUACUACUGAAGGCUUGUGGGGCAACUGUUUAUUCUGUUGUUUGAGUUAGCUUUUAUGAAUUGGCAUGUAUUAAAACAGCAUCCCCUAUGAAUUUUAUUUAUUUAUUUUUAACCCAAUGUCCGCUCUUGUAGUUGUUUGCACAGAUGAGCAUUUUAAGUACUCAGUCCGGGUCUCUGGGUAAAGAGGCUGUGACUUAAGGAGCUCUCCACCUUCCACAGUCCAUCACCGAGAACGUGUGAGAACAGUCUGGACUGUGAAGUCCAACACAAGUUAUUUGGUCUACUUCAAUUGUUGCAGUGCACUAUGGGACUUGCCUUAAGUUUAGUCAUAGAGUUUGAUGCCUGUUCAGUGAGCUGAUUUAAAGUCAUGGUAUCCUUGGAUUUGGAACAGCUCUCAGGGACUUAACAGAGGAUCUAUCCUGGCAGAGGGGCAACAGUUCGGAGCUCAGGAACUAAGAAAAUCUUUCAAUUUUAUUGUUGCAAUUUGACAAUACAGUAAAUCCGAAGCCACAUUAAGUCGGAACUUAAAUCCCAGUGUUAGGAGAGUGAGAAAGGGGAUUAAAUCUAACAGAAAAAUAUAGAAUAUUUUAUUUCAACCAUGGUGAAAAAUCACACCGUGUUCUUUGAAAUUAGAAAAUAUUUUGAGGCAAGAUGAAGUUAUUAUCUGUCGGGCAGUCACAAGUGUCCAAUAAUUCAUGCUGAAAGUCUUUGGUCGAGAUGAUCCCGUGCUUCAAACCUCAGUAAACACACAAAGUUUAGGAGACAUUUGAGAUCACUUCCAGGCCAGAUCUGCCAUCAGCUUGCUUUUUAAAACUGUUGUAAAUAUCCGAGUAGCAGAACAGAACUCACUUUUUGAAAAAAGAAAAGAAAAAAAAUCAUGUUAGAUAAUAAUUCAUUGCAAUAAUGAAUACAAAAGAAAAAUGCCACUAGUUGUAAUUACGAUAAUUUUUAUAUGAAUCUACAUAUUAUAUACAAAACAAAUGAAUAUAUAUCUCUAGUCUAUAGGGAGCUAUAGGAAACAUUGAUCACUGAUUGUCAGAGGCCAUGGCAUAUGUUUUUACGUUCAAAUGUCGUUGGGUUUUGGGUUUUUUUUUAUGACUGAGAAUAUGCCACUGUCUUUGUGCGUUCAACUCAACAGUGAAUGUCCACGGUGAAAUCUCACGCACACACACAGGGUCAGCUCGUGUGAGGUUCUGUUCAGACUCCUCCUCAUCGUCCACUUGUGUUUUUGCCCACUGAUCUCUCGUGGUGGGGCCAGUAGAGGGACCCCUGAAGCAUGCAGUUCCUGUGUUCACCAGCAGGAGCAACAUAGACGCGCCUCUGUGGAGGAUGAAGCACUGUGACACCUCUACUGUAGAGACGUUUCUGUUCUUGUGUCCAUUGCCUCAGAGAUUUAUGUUGUCACUCAUCUCAGCAGAUGUAUAUUAGCCACCAUCAUUCGAACAGCAGGAGCCAUCUCUGACCCCGUGUUAUGAUGUAUAUGAACUGUUUCGCAACCUCUUCUGAAGCCGGCGCGUCGACAGGUUGACGCCGGAGAAAAGAAAUAGCAAAUGAGAACAAUAUUUUUUAUGGAUUUAUAUCAAGAAACUAGAUGUGGUAAUGGAUUACAUCACAAUACUGUACGAUAGUUUAUGUGCGUGCAGGCUCCUCUGACACACUUUUUUUUUUCUCCGUUUUUUUUCCGUCUCCAACUGAAUCAAAUUGUUCAUUCUGUUUGGAAGUUGCAGUGUCAAUUCAUACGGCAGAGUGCAAUGAAAUAAA